AUGGGGAGCUUUACCAACGCCAUACCAGACUAUUCAUGUACCAGUGCGUGCCCCAGAGCUGCCGUGACCGUCGCCCUUGCUUUCCCUCGCCUGGAAGCUCCAGCGCCCCACAUCGCCGGAUCCAGGCCCUCCUCCGCGCCUCCCCGCCGGCGAGCCGCCGUCGUCCGCCACCGCUCUUGCCGUCCUCCUCCCUGCUCAUGCUGCUUCGUCGUUGCUGCCGGAUCCGCCUCACCGAGAGUCCUGCCCCAACGCCAUGGCCAGGAGUCGCCGACCCAAGACCCCAGGGCUCCCCGACAGCUGCGCGUCUGGCGUCCAAGCCACUGUCUUCUUCCCGCGGCUCUUUGCCGGAGUCGUCAAGCCGCCGCCCUGGAGUUUCUCCACCGCCGACUCCCUCCGUCUCGGAUUCCGCCUGGCUCCGCUGCCUCGCCACGGCGGACCUCGCCAGCAGGUAGACAUUGCCGCCUUGGAUUCGCGCCAAGCUCCGCCGUCCCCGCGCUCCUGCCGUCUCGCCAGUUCCGGCAGGUCCUCGUCGCUGCGACGCGCCCUCUGCAUCGCGCUGCCGCUCCCCUGCUUUACUUGCUUGGGUCGUCGCUGCUCUGCUUCCUGACGAGCAGCGCAGCCCGAUCCGCAUCGUCGCGCGUUGACAACGGCCCCCGCACCCCCUCGUUCGAUCCAGCAAGGCCCAACGGCGAUCGGCCCAGCCGUGCCCUUCAGCCACCCCAGUACACCACCUAGCCGGCCUCAAGGACCAAUGUGAGGCCCAGUCCGCCCCAGUUUCGGCCCGUAGUAUUUUUUUCGUUGCUGCAAAUUUAGCUAUUUUUCGCAGGAUUGCUGUUUUACAGAAAAGCCCUUGUUGAUCAUGCAUUUAAUAACUUCACAACCGUGC